AUGGCGGUCAACUUCGCGCCCUAUCAAAGCUCACCUCCGGAAUCAGAACGCGCGCGGUCACCCCCUUUGCGCUCACCGAAUGCCUCGCCGAGACCUCAACGAACACGCCCGCAGCAAAACCUCUCCUCCAUAGCAGACCAAGAAGAUCCUUGGGCGGCCGCGCGCAAUCAGCGCUUACCUUCGCCAUCUCAAUAUGCAGCAGACGAUGAAGGGUACACCGAUCUGGAGGGCGCGUCUCGAGAGCCCCUCAAUGACUAUUUCGGUCGGGAAGGUCCUGUCUUUGAAACGAGCUUAGGUUUACCGUUGCGGAUCGAAGCAUGUCUGGCAUAUCUUGUUAUACCGCCAGCUGGAGGAAUUAUCCUCUUGCUGUUUGAACACAAAAGUGACUAUGUCCGCUAUCAUGCCUGGCAAAGCUCCUUACUUUUCAGCGCCAUCGUCUUGCUGCACAUAAUCUUCUCAUGGUCAUCAGUCAUUAGCUACAUGCUUCUUGUCUGCGAUCUAAGUUUGAUACUGUUCCUCACUUAUGGAGCAUACCGCAAUGCAGAGACUCUGGACCGUGUUGAGAUACCCCUGGUUGGACGAUUAGCAUCCAGUUUCGUGGACGAAGAAUAG